UUGCAUAUGGUAUGGCACAGCCAAAUAAAGAGGGCCAAACAGUGCAUUCAGUGCCUGUUACAAGUGGCCACAUCAGUGUGGCCGUGGAGACUAUUGUAAAGGGGUUUGAAGAUUUCUCACUCUCAAUUCCAAUGCCAGCAUGGAGCCUUGAGAAACUAUCAGACGCCCUAGGUAGUUUCGUCACAUGGCCAUAUGCUUGGGUCCGAUUCACUAACACGCAAAAGAGUCCAAAGGGAUCUUGUAGAGAGGUCGGUUCCUCAGCAAAGGUAUCGACUGGGUCAAAGUCGAUGCCAAGCACUCCAAUUUUGACUGAUGAGGAGCUAAAAGAUCUCUCUCAAGAUUGCAAAUGGCUGCAUUAUUGUGCAUCUCGCAUAAGUGAGGAGGACCCAAUCAUGUUGCCCCUGCUGAAGGAGCAAUACUGCUUUUCAGAAGACCCGUUUGUAAUUAUUUGUCCUAGUGACAUCGGGCAAUUUUUGAGAGGAGAGAUGCUGAACGUAGCUCUUUUCCAUGUCUACAUGAGGUGAUGUUCAUUAUCUUACAAGUUAGGCAUUAUUGUUUAAUUGUUUUAAUGACCGAAUUACUAACAAAAUUCUCUUAUUUGUGAGUUUAGUGCGGUUUACGAGGAGGUAAAUUCUUGCGAACCUCCAAUA